GUUCCAAAUGGCGGCGCGCGAGGGUCGGCGGCGCACGUGUGAAACUGGGGAGCCCAUGGAGGCUGAGUCCAGCGACACAGGUUCCGAGGGCCCGGCCCAGGUCUACCUGCCCGGCCGGGGACCGCCGCUACGCGAAGGAGAGGAGCUGGUCAUGGACGAGGAGGCCUAUGUGCUAUACCACCGUGCGCAGACUGGCGCCCCCUGUCUCAGCUUUGACAUAGUGCGAGAUCACCUGGGAGACAACCGGACUGAGUUUCCCCUUACCCUGUACCUGUGUGCGGGGACCCAGGCGGAGAGCGCGCAGAGCAACAGACUGAUGAUGCUUCGGAUGCACAAUCUGUACGGAACCAGGCCCCCAACCUCCGAGGGCAGUGAUGAAGAGGAGGAAGAUGAAGAAGAGCGGAAGCCUCAGCUGGAACUGGCCAUGGUGCCCCACUAUGGUGGCAUCAACCGAGUUCGGGUGUCAUGGCUGGGCGAGGAGCCUGUGGCCGGCGUAUGGUCAGAGAAGGGCCAAGUGGAGGUGUUUGCGCUCCGGCGGCUUUUGCAGGUAGUGGAUGACCCGCAGGCCCUGGCAGUCUUCCUGCGGGAUGAGCAAGCCCGAGUGAAGCCUAUCUUCACCUUCGCAGGCCACAUGGGUGAGGGCUUUGCUCUUGACUGGUCCCCUCGAGUGCCAGGUCGCUUGCUGACUGGUGACUGUCAGAAGAAUAUCCACCUCUGGACACCUACAGACGGUGGCUCCUGGCAUGUAGACCAGCGGCCCUUUGUGGGCCACACAUGCUCUGUGGAGGAUUUGCAGUGGUCACCAACUGAAGACACGGUAUUCGCUUCCUGCUCAGUUGAUGCCUCCAUUCGUAUCUGGGACAUCCGAGCAGCCCCCAGCAAGGCCUGCAUGCUCACCACAGCCACUGCCCAUGAUAGAGACGUCAAUGUCAUCAGCUGGAGCCGUCAGGAGCCCUUCCUGCUCAGUGGAGGGGACGAUGGAGCCCUCAAGGUCUGGGACCUGCGACAGUUCAAGUCAGGCUCCCCAGUGGCCACCUUCAAGCAGCAUGUGGCCCCCGUGACCUCCGUCGAGUGGCACCCCCAGGACAGCGGGGUCUUCGCAGCCGCAGGUGCAGACAACCAGAUCACACAGUGGGACCUGGCGGUGGAGCGGGACCCGGAGGAGGGCCACACGGAGGCUGACCCUGGGCUGGCAGCGCUCCCCCAGCAGCUGCUGUUUGUGCACCAGGGUGAGACGGACCUGAAGGAGCUGCACUGGCACCCGCAGUGUCCUGGGGUCCUGCUCAGCACCGCCCUCUCUGGCUUCACCAUCUUCCGCACCAUCAGUGUCUGAGGGAACUGAAGUGGGUCCCCUGAAGGGGUCCAUUUGGGCCAUGACGAGGCCCCCAAAAGAAGAGCUUGGCUCACUGGGACAGAAGUGAUGGGCUCUGGGUACCUUAGUGUUCUCCUGAAGGACUUUGUUAGAUGUGGCUUAUAGGCAGAGAUCCCUCUGUCACAGGACUCAGAUGGCCUGAGUUGGCCGACAGCUUUGAUGCCUGGCUUAACCCUUUGCCGUCUACUGCAGGACCCAGUGUGGGCUGCUGGUCCCUCCAUGGCUGGACCAAGUUUGAAGUGUGGAUUCUCUGGGCAGAAUUUGGUUCUGCCCCUGCCAUCCAGCUGGGUUUGGGCAAGAUGUCUCUCUGGGGGCCUUGCAGGGUACCCUGCCUGCAUGAGGGCCAAUGUUGCACAGAGAGGACAGCCAGGUGCCCCCAAGAGGCAAUAAAGACCAGAAUGAGGCCCCACGUGUGAGACUCUGGUCUGAACCGA